AUGGUCAGAGACAGUUUGGCACUCAGUCACAGAGGCACAGAAGACAAUAGGCUGUUUCUGUGGAAGGAGAACAUGAAAGAGAUUGACCUAACCUUGUAUUCAGCAACGUCUGCGGCGGCGGCAGCGGCAGGGCCUGCGGCGUGGAGCCGAGGCGUGACAGUUGCCAAGAGCAAGUCAAAAACCAUUCUGGUGAAACUGGUGAGCCAAGCCGGCACAGGUUUCUCCUUCAACCACAAGAGAAGCCGACUCCGAGAGAAGCUGAGCCUUCUGCACUAUGAUCCAAUAGUGAACAAAAAAGUUCUCUUCGUGGAACAGAAAAAAAUACGCUCCCUCUGAGCAGUGGAUUGAAAAUGAAUUUGACUCAUAAAUGAGAAGACCAAGGGUGAGACACCGAUUCAGAACUCGGAGGUGUGCACUGAAGACAAAACCACAGCAUGGCCUCCAGUGAGGCGAAG